CCCAACUCAACAACAAUACCAUACAGCCUUGUCCUGCAACAACGUCCAGUUACAUUGACAACACAUGAUGAAGGCCACCACCACCUUGUGCUCCCUCCUCCUCCUCUCCUCCCUCCUCCUCCUCCUCCUCCCAAGGGAGGCAACGGCCACCGUGAACUGUGCUGUUGUUGCAGCCAAGGCAGCUCCAUGCCUAAGCUUCGUGACGGGCAAAGUCCCGGGGCCUCCUGCGGCAUGCUGCGGUGGGCUGCAGCAGCUUGCCCGUCAGGCGGUCACGGUCGCCGACCGGAGGGCCACUUGCCAUUGCUUGGAGAACAGUGUGAAGCGAUUCUCCGGCGUCCAAGACAGGCUGCUCAGCCAAAUCCCCACCGCCUGCCACAUCAAACUUAGCUUUCCAGUUUCCCUCAACACCAAUUGUGAUAGGUGAGCGCAAGAAACAGGAGCUUGA